CAUAUAUUCACGUGCUUCAUAUUUUUUAUUCGACACUACAUUUUAUCAUAAUUUAUUAAAAUUUUCAAGGCUGAUUCCAUGGGUAUAUCCAACUUUGAAUUCAUUCGAACGAUUGGAUCAGGUUCAAUAUGUACGGUGAAAGUUGCAAAGUGCAAAACAAACGGCGGAAUAUUUGCAGUAAAAACCAUCAACAAAUAUAAUGUUUUAAAAGCCAACCAAGUGGCCCAGGUGUUUUUAGAAAAAAGAAUUUUACGAUCGAUGAAUUUUCCGUUCAUCAUCAAUAUUAUUCAUCAUUUCCACGACACAAGAAAUUUGUAUAUGGUCAUGCCUUUUUGUUCUGGUGGAGAUUUGUUUGGCUUGCUUCAAAGAAAACACGAAAUAUCAGAAGCGGAUACAAAGUUUUAUGCUGCCCAAAUAGCCUUAGCUCUGGAUUUUUUACACGGUUUGAACAUUAUUUAUCGAGAUUUGAAGCUAGAGAAUAUUUUGCUGGACUCUUUUGGAUACGUCAAGCUGGCAGAUUUUGGUUUGGCAAAAAGAACUUUGGAUCAAACGUAUACCAUUUGUGGGACUAUAGAUUAUUUUGCACCGGAAAUGCUUAGGAAAAAGGGAUAUAACAAAGCGAUCGACUGGUGGGCGUUCGGGGUUAUGAUUUUUGAAAUGGUCGCUGGCUACGUACCGUUUCAUGCAUUUACGAAAACUGAAACCUACCAACGAAUUCUUAGUGGACAGUUCUACACGCCAUCGACGUUUAGCAAAGAUUUAAUCAACUUAAUAAGAAAUUUGUUGAAAACGGAUCCAAAAUUUCGACUUGGGAACACAAAUAACGGGAUAAACGACAUUACUAACCAUCUUUGGUUUGGUAGUAUCAAUUGGACCGAUAUCUUUGAAAAAAGGGUUGAAUCUCCGUUCAAACCUGAAGUCAAAGAUGAAACUGAUACAAGUUACUUUGCACAUGUCAAUGAAACCGAAGAGCCAAAAACAAUUCUUUCAACAUCUAAAUUUGCUGAUUUUUGAUUACGUUUUGGAGUAGAAGAUAAUCUCUUGUUGUCAACGUCCAGUUUUCCGUCAUUUUUAUCAAUUUUGUUAGGGACUUAUGUCAUUUACAAUCUAGUUUAUAAAUAAAUAAACUAUUUAUAAUUUAAGGUGUAACAUCUAGUUGCAAUUAUUUUUAUAUUGCUGUCUUUUAUGUUUUUAAAUACCGGUAAUUAGAACGUGCAAAAACAAUUCACAUAGCAAGCGAUUUGAUUAUUUUAUUCUGCGAUAGUUUUUAAACAAUUAAACAAUGUAAUUCGUAUUUUUUACAUUCAAAUUAGGGUGUUAAAUCUCUAGCAUGAAUGAAUGAAUAAACCCUGUAUCAAACUAAUCGUGUUUAAAAAUAUAGCAACCGUUGAACGCGGAUUAACAAUAAAGCAGGAACAAAAUAGAAAUGUAUUCACCAAAAUUCUUGAAAUUGUUUAAAAUGAAAAUAAGAAAUGUCUAAA